CGACAGUGGUCAAUUUCCACAUGGUUGCUCGUGUUUUUGGCUUGCUCGAGAUUUUACUCUUUAAGUGAAGUCAAAGCACUUACAAAUGGGAAAGACAAAGAACGCCAAAUUCAGACGACCGCAGUUUUCACCCGACGGUGUCGCGGUAACUCCUGUUAAACAUGUUGAAGAAUUAGAAGAUGAUGAAGACUCUCCUGCAGCGGAAUUUCUCGACAAAUUACAGAGUCCUUCAGCAGAUCUGCGUGAGUUUGCGUGUGCCAAUAUUUCUCGUGUUGUACAGCAGAGUCAGACGAUCCCUGGAUUCCUGCAGAGAGAUGCAGUCAGGAAGAUUGGACCCAUACUGCUGGAUCAUAGCCUGGCAGCCAGAGAGACAGCUGCUGGGGCACUCAGGAAUCUGAGUGCCUGUGGAGGCCAUGAAGUAUGUGAAGACAUGGUGAGACAGGAUGUGCUGACACCUCUCUCUGCUCUUCUGAGGGAGUGCUGUGCUGGGUUUGAUGUGAACCCUUCUCCUGCCACGACGGGACAGAAGCGCAAAGUGGAGGAUGUAGCCAAUGAGGCAGUGAAUUUACUCUGGAACCUCUGUGAGAGCAGUAGCACAGCAGUGUCAGUGUUUAACAAGGCUGGACUUCUAGAUGCUCUUCUACACUGUCUGGAAAGGCACUCUCAGAAUAUGGAGCUGGCAUUGUCAGCAGCCCACUGCUUACACACAGUAACAGAAGAAAACUCAGACCUGGUGCGCAGUGUGAAUGGAGCGGUGCUUGGUGUCUUGGACAACAUUCUGUCCUCCACACAAACCAGUAUGGAAUAUACUCUCCUACGCACACUGGCUGCAGGCUGUUUAUGGAAUGUGAAGAACAGUCUGUCUUCAGGGCAGCAGUCUCACACACUCACCGCACUGGUGGCCACUCUUUCGCACAGCCUCAGUUUGGACGCUGGAGAGCUGAUCCCAGGGCUGUGGCAUGCUGAAUCUGCACGUCUGUCUAAAGGAGCUACAUCUGCCACAGGGUCAAAUCAUACCAGUGAACAACCUGCAGGGCACGGGUCUGAAGCAGAGGAGAUGGAGGAGGAUGGGAGAGAUAGAAAGAUGAAUGGAGGAAAGCCAAAUGGACGAAUGGGAUCAAGAAAUAAUGAUAUCUCAGAUCUGUUGCCUAGAGAGAGACUGGAGUUACGGGAGGCCAAAGCACUGCUGGCAGCACAACAGACGUCCCUGGAAAUCAUUGUCAACAUGUGCUGCUCCGAUGAGCCCUCAGAUGAUGAGUGGGAGGAGAUGUCCAGCAGUGAUGAGAGUGAAAUGUGUGCUGAUGGGAUGUCAGACACUAACUCCUCCCUGUGCUCUCCUCUGUGCCUGUCUGCUGAACUACACACAAUCCUGCUCAACCACAGGAUACCUCAACAGGUAUUAAAGAAGGCUGAGUUCCCAAGCCCCACUGCCCUUGACCUCUGCAACAAGCAUCCUUCUUGGAAAUGCCUCUUGAAAAAGAUGCACCGGGUGCAGUGUCGGGCACUUACAUCUCUCCAUAAUAUCCUUGCUUCUAUGGAUACAGAGUCUCUUGGGGGUGCUUCAGGGCUACAGGCUGUGGCUCAGCACCUCUCCUCACUGGUCUUCAGCUCAGAAGAAGUAUUAAAGGAUGAGGAGUUCCUGGAGGCUGCGACCAGCGCUCUACGCUCUCUGCUAAAAAUCAUGGCUUCUAAAAACAUUCCUCAGUGUAUGACUCCUCACCAGAUGAUGAGUUUUUGUGAAGCAGCUACCAGAUGUGAGCUGGUCAGUGUGAGAGUUAAUGCUCUGGCUAUUCUCGGCAUCACAGGGAGCUCUCUUGCCAAAGAGAAAAGCACUACAGACACUCUACAGCUGAUUGGAAAUGCAUUACUGAAUGUUGCAAUGAAGGACUCAAACCUGGUGGUGUGUGGGGAGGCGCUGGACGCCCUCUUUGAUGUGUUUGCUGAUGGCGAUGAGGCAGAGAAAGCUGGAAAAAAUAUUAACCUGCUCUCCUCUCUCAAAGCAUUUCAGCCAGGAUUCAGGGCCAAGCUGCGAAAAGAAGGGAGAGGAAAAUACAGCCCUGAUCAGCUUUGUUUUCUGGACAACAUAAGGAUCAACCUGAAGAGGUUCAUCAGCUACCUUGAGAACCUGCAGAGAAAAUGAGAAUUCAGAGAGCUUUAGUACAAAUUCUCAGUAAAUGGCUCACCUCAUUUUUAUUUAGCUCUUUCUGUCCUUACUCCUUUGGUUUUAUUGUUGUGUGUGAGUGUUUAUGCGAGGAAAUUAAGAUGAGAAUUUAAGUUUAAAAUGAGAUUAUUUUGCCGUUGAUAUUUGUAAAACAUAUCAGUGCUUUAAUUAAAGCAUAAAUUAUAUUUAAAAAAAGUUCUGCUGUUGUUAUAUGUUGAAAAAGAUGUAUCAGUAGUAUAUAUUUAACCCAAGCUUGUCCUAAAUGUGUAAUGUAUUUUUGACUUUAAAAGGGAUAGUUCACCCAAAAAUUAAAUUCUGUAUUUACUCACCCUCAUGACAUACCAGAUGACAUGCAAAUGCUGCAUUUUCAUUUUUGGGUGAACUAUUCCUUUAAUGUAACUCACGUGGCCAUGUAAUUUCGCAAUUUUGGUUUAAAAAUUUUACAAAAAAUAAGGGUGGAUGGAAAAAUGUCCCCCAGCCCUACAAUAGUUGAAUCCCUCUUAACCCCUGGAUAUUCUGGCUUCUGGCAAAAGUUGUCCU